AUGAUUUCUCCUCACAACACAGCGUUUCCCCGACAUCUGCAAUCACACAGAGAAUGCAGUACAAAUCCCUAUAUCCAGACUUACCCAUUAUCCCAGAACAGAAUGUCCAUGGUCUAUUUUUCAGUCGCCCAGAUCAGAAGGAUUGGCCCAAUUAUACUGCCUACAUUAAUGCCGCAACUGGGCAACGUCGAACCAUCAAGGAAUUCGUAGAGCGGAUACGCGACGGUGCUACUGCACUAGGUGCAGAUUCGCAACAAGGAGGACUAGGCCUCCACCCAGACAACGGUGAAAUCAUAGGCAUCCUAAGCGAAAACUGUGUGGACUUUGCGACGCUUGUGCAUUCGCUUCUAGUUAUAACGGUCCCAUUUGCCCUGCUCUCGUCGUAUUAUACCCCUUACGAACUGAAACAUGCAAUAACAUUAUCCAAGGCCACUCGCAUAUUCGCAAGCCCCUCGUACGUUUCUCAGUUGAUCUCAGCUGGGUUUCCCGAAGACCGCAUCUACAUCCUCGAGGGAAAUGUACCCGGCCGGAAAAGCUUUCAAGACCUUAUAUCCCACGUGCACAAUAACGAGAUACUUCGAGUUCCCAUCCGGCAUGCCAAAGUGAACACGCUAGCAUACCUUAUCUUCUCGAGCGGGACAAGUGGAUUGCCGAAAGCCGUUAUGAUAUCUCACGGCAACCUUAUCAACUCAUUGCUACAGAUCUUUGUGAUGGCCCCAGAACUGGCCAAAGUCCAACCACCGCAAACCUAUAACACUCCAGAAGGCAUACCUGUAUCAUUUGCUGUACUGCCAAUGCACCACGCUUUUGGCCUGCAUAUGACUUGCUUCCGUGUCUAUUUUGUCCCUAGUACCAUCGUUGUUUUACCAAAGUGGGAUGCAGAUGUGUUCCUAGACUCCAUCCCAAAGUACCGCGUGACCGGACUUUAUCUCGUCCCCUCGCUCGUUCAUCAGCUUGUUCACCACCCACGCCUACCUUCAACCGACCUCAGCUCUGUGAUACUUACGCACAGUGGUGCAGCUUACCUCCCCCCUCAACUGGCUUCAAAGUACACGUCUUUGGUACCAAGUGUGGCAAGAGUUGCGGAAGGUUACGGCAUGUCCGAGGCUACCCUCUCUAUUUCCAGCAAACCUUACCCUGGCCUACUUGAAGGCCGCGCGAAAAACGUACCCGGCUCAGCAGGUAUCCUCUUACCAGGCGUCGAAGCACGCAUUGUACGCGACGAUGGCUCUCUAGCCGAUGUGAACGAGCCAGGUGAAAUAUGGGUGCGUUCAGGCUGCGUAGCUUUGGGCUAUUGGGGAAAUGAACGCGCGACGAAAGAGACGUUUGUCGACGGAUGGUUACGGACAGGUGACAGAAUGAGGAUCGACAAGGAUGGUGUGUUAUACUUUGAGGACCGUGCAAAGGAUAUUCUCAAAGUUUCUGGGAUGCAAGUAUCACCGGUUGAGAUUGAAAACACUUUACUAGCAAAUCCACAACGGCUGAUUACCGAUGCGACUGUGGCGGGUGUAAGUGGAGGCCGAACGUCUGACGAGCGUGUCCCCCGCGCAUGGGUUGUCUUGUCCGUUGAAGGGAACAAUAUCGGUCCGAAGAAAGCAGUAGCUCAGCUAGAUCAAUGGAUACGUGACAGCCUAAGCAAGUAUAAAUGGCUCAGAGGCGGAAUCGAAAUCAUCGAUCAGAUACCGAAGUCACCAACAGGAAAAGUGCUACGGAGGGUAUUACAAGAGCAGUAUCAGCAACAGCAGAAGAGUUUAGAAGCUAAGCUUUGAUAGCAUCAUAUAUUCCGGUUUUCGGGUUUGGGCAAGAUAUUCAGCUAGAUAGAAAUAUAGCGUCACCAGACUAUCAACAACGCCAUUACGACUAAUUAUGACUCUGGAUACCAUGCCAGUAUCUUUACACCAUCAC